AUGCCAUUCAUAGGAGUCGUAGAAAAGGACUGUAGGUUGUGGCUCGUUUCAAAAUUCAUGUACGGUGGUAAUGUGGAGUAUACGGGCAGGGAGAACUGCGAUCUUCGUCAUCUAGCAGAAAGAGCUGCAAAAGGCCUUUCCUAUUUACAUGCUCUCGAUCCGCCCAUCGUCCAUGGUGAUAUCAAGGGAUUCAAUGUCUUGGCCGACAAAAUCUCGAGGUCUGAUGAUAAUUGGACUCUACCAACGUCGGCCGCCGAGACAUUUAAUUGGAUUGCUCCAGAGCUUAUCUUUUUGGAAAUUCGGAGACCAUACGCUUGA